AUGCCACGUCCAGAUAGUCGCCCGAAAAGUGGAAAAAAUAAUGACGACAGCUCGGAAGAUAGUCCCACACUCAGAUCCGUCGCCUCCAUAACACACUCCGAGACGACAGUCGAUGAGUUUUUGUUGAAGCCCAGGGUGGCCAAGGACCCCAGGCGGGAAGACAAGUUCAAUCUGGCCGUCUCCAUCUUCACAGAUGCCUACCUAUCGCGAUUGGAGAUUAAGUACAAGAGGGAUCCAAGAUCCGUGCAACUCUAUAAUCUCUACUACAACCCCGUGCUGAAGGCAAUUUACUAUGGGUUUAUGGUUUUGAACCUACUAACCAUCCUGCUGGAGGAACCGGCAGCCAUAAAGGUGAACGGUAAGGAACUUCCCUACUACGUCCCACUUGCGAUUAACGUCCUCUGCGAGGCGGUUUUUUACUGUCGUUGGCUUCACAUCUUCCUGGUUGCUGAUUUGAAACGGAUGAAAAGAAACAAGUCUUUUAUUGGCACCAUUGUUAUUCUGGUCCUCAUGACGUUGGACGAUAUCGUCUACGUCAUACAGCAGGAGACUAAUGUGGAGCAUCCCAUAAGAUGGUCUCGUGCUCUCCGGCCAAUGCUCCUCCUCACCUUCCCCGAAAACAGACAAAUUCGAGCUGCCUUUGACAACAUUAGAUGCACUGCAAUCGAUGUCUCCUCGGUCUUUGCUAUGUUCGUAUUCAGUCUCUUAUUUAUCAGCAUCGUUACACUGAAACUGCUGCAGGGUGAGAGACUCUUCUAUCCAGACGGAAGCAUCUAUUUUCCCGAUUUUGUUGAGAUUGCCUGGGAGCUGUAUGUACUGAGCACCACGUCGAACUCGCCCGAUGUGAUCUUGCCGGCCUUUGAGCGAAGUGCCGCCUAUUUCGCGAUUUAUGUGUGGGUCUGUACAAUGUGCAACUGGCUGUUCAUGGGCAUUCUGACCGCCUCCGUCUACAACGCCUACAAGAGCCAUCUUGGAUCGUUUGUGCUCAGGCGAGUGGUCAAACGUAAAAGCCUUCUCGAUGAGGCUUUCGUUCUCCUUCAGAGUGAUCCCAAAGCCACUGGCAUAGACCGAGACACCUUCUCCCGCGUCAUGCGGUCAGUGGUCAGUUCAAGGAGUGAAAAGUCCAUCGAGCUCAUUUUCAACAUUCUCGACCACGACAAUACCGGAACUGUAGAUAAGAAGGAGUUUGCCCGUUUCACCGAGUACUUACAAAUGAACUUUAAGGAGAUUAUAUUCAGUCGUGAGAGUUUUGCCCAAUUCAUACCAAAGUUUGAAGAGGUGUAUACUACACAACGCUUUCAGAAGCUCGUGACUGUCAUACGGAGCAGCCCAGUAAGGAUGUUCUUUGAUCUCAUGGUGCUAGCAAACGGGGUCACUUUGGUUGUAGCCAACCAAACACCCUACGAAUUCAUGUUCGAGUGGAUCUUUACAGCCAUAUUUUCAAUUGAAAUUAUCCUCAAGUACGUCGCCUCUGGGGGAGUUCGAUUUUUUACGAAUAGGUGGAAUAUUUUCGACAUUGUUGUGGUGGUCGGUGCCUUCGUCGGACAGGCGAUCAGCCAAACCUUCGACUACUUCGACUUGAAAGCACCGGCUUCUGUUAGUCAGUUUUUUCUCCUGCUCCGGCUUUUUCGUCUGCUCAAACUUGUUGGUCAAAUUCCCAUCUUCAAAUGCAUUAUAAAUUGCAUUAUAAUUAUUUUGCCCUCUCUCUGUGCAUACGCAGCCAUAUUGCUCAUAUUAUUCUAUGUAUUCACCUGCGCCGGCAUGGAGGUGUUUAGCGGAUUAUUCCGAUCGCCCCCCAAUCACGACUAUCACAUCGAGGUGCCCUGUAAUAACACCAAUCUGGUAAAUACGGAUUUCGAAACCCUUCACUACUGUGCACUUAAUUUUAACCAUGUGGCCAACAGCUUCGCCCUUCUGUUCAUUCUUAGUGUGGGUAACAAUUGGCACAUAUUCUCCAAUGGUUUCACUUCGGUGACCAAUCGCAGCUCUCGCAUAUUUUUUCUCCUCGUUCAUUGGCUGUGCGUGCUCCUUGUGCUGAACAUUGUUCUGGCCUUCAUCAUCGAGGCCUUUUUGAUUGAAUACGACCCCCAAAGCAGCAAAUUCGAGCAGUACAUCGUGAAACGCCUGAAAGAAUUGCAUUUUGAUGCCCACACGGAGUUGGAAAAGCGAAAUCUACAGGCCUAUUCAAGCCCCAAUUUCUUUUUGACUAGCAAGCAAGUGAAGGAGAUUUUCCCCAAAAAGGGCGACGUCGGCGACAGCGUUUCAGCUUUCUACUACAUCCCCGACGGAGCAUCAAUCGAGUUGCUCAUGUUUAGGAUGUUUGAGGAUGAGAUCGAGGAGAUUGCAGCCAAAUACCAGGAUCGACCGAGCAUGAGAGCGCGUGUGGUGAACCUCUAA